AUGGACGCUCAGCUCCCUAACAAGCUUCCUUUCUCCAAGAAGAGACUGCGCGCAAGGAUAAUCCUAUCAUAUAUAUCGGACUAUGUGAUUCUCAUAGCGCUCAUCAUUGGGUUCUUCAUCCUCGACCGUGUUGAACCAUUUCACCAGCCCUUCGCCCUCCAGAACUACACACUGCACUAUCCAUACGCCGUCCAUGAACGAGUUCCCAUCCCUCUCGCCCUUGCGAUCUCUGGCGGCUUUCCUAUCCUCGUCAUCGUCGUCUACACGAUCGUUCUAGAUGGGUUGUUCUCUCACAGCAAACCAGUUAACAUUGCUACGGGGAAGAGGAAGUUGAUGGGGAAAUACCGGUUCAAGGACAGGCUCUGGGAGCUGAACUGUGGUGUUCUGGGACUUGCGUUGGCCCAGGGAGCGGCGUUCGUUAUCACGGGCGCAUUAAAGAAUGCUUGCGGUAAACCUCGACCGGAUCUGAUCGAUCGGUGCAAGCCCAAGAGCUUCGAGCAGCCGGAGUUUGGGCUAUCAAAUUACACGAUUUGCACCCAGACUAACCAUGAGAUACUAAAGGAUGGAUUCCGUUCAUUCCCAUCAGGACAUAGCAGCUCUUCCUUUGCCGGCCUCUUCUAUCUAUCAUUGUACCUUGCUGGAAAACUGCACGUUAUGGACAGCCGUGGAGAAGUCUGGAAAGCCUUUAUCGUCAUGGUGCCUACUCUCUCUGCAGGGCUAGUUGCUGUAUCUCGAAUCAUGGAUGCUCGACACCAUCCCUUCGACGUCAUCUCUGGCUCACUGCUGGGAGUCGGCUGCGGCUGGGUUGCAUAUCGCCAGUACUUCCCCUCCCUUGCAGAACCCUGGAAGAAGGGCCGGGCCCACCCCAUCCGCACCUGGGGGUCCAUUCCAGAGCCUCCGAUAUAUACUGGUCGUCGACUGCUCGAGUACGAAAAUGAUCAGGUGAAGCUUGUUCCUCGCACGGAUGAAGAGUACCAGGCUGCGCACGCGGCUCAAGAUCAACCGCAGGCAGUACCGGAGUCCACGCCAGCUCUUAUGAACCCCUUUGAACACCAGAAGGGCCAAAGGCGGAGACGGCUCGCGGAUGCGGAUUACGCUGCGUCCAGCAGCGAGUCAGAAGGCUAUGAGAUGCAGCAGACACAAUACGAGCCCAGACACCACCAAGUGGCCGACACAAGCUCAGAUGCUGCUCCCAGAUUCACUGCUUAUCACCCUCCCGAUCAUAGAACGCCGUCUAGCAGCCCACCCCUUGAGCGCCACCCUGCAUCUCUGGUCAAGUCAUAA